AUCACAAACGAUAAGUGGCUUUAGUGAAUGAGUUGGGCAAUGCGAGAUAUGCAUUUAGUAAUAAAGAAAAACAGAUCGACUAGUUCCGUGUUGCGUGUGGAAGAAAAUCGACCUUCCCAGCAUGGAUUUCAUCAUUGUAGUUGUGUGAACCCGAUGAUACAGUAGUAAUGGAAGCAGCCAAGCUUAUCGCACUGAUACUAUCAGUUACACGUGUAAGUGAAAGUGCCCGAAUUUUGGGAGCGAUUCCCACCCCAUCGUACAGCCACCAGGUUUUGUUUCAACCACUAUGGAGGGAACUAUCGCUACGCGGUCAUCAGGUGACGGUGCUCACGACGAACCCGAUCAACGACCCAACCCUAACGAAUCUAACCGAGAUCGACCUGAGCUCGUCUUUCAAAAUUUUGGACGACAAACUCUUGGAAAUCAUCAACUCCAGCCAAAACGUCCUAAAGGUGAUGCAGUUGACAAUAAAGACAUUUCACGACGUUAACGACUUCCAACUGCAACAUCCCGAGGUGAGGAGCCUCAUCGACGACGAAGACCAGCACUUCGACCUUUUGAUCGUCGAGUACAUCUUGUCGCCGAUGUUUUACUUCUCAAAACGCUUCCGCUGCCCUUAUAUCGGUCUGCUGCCACUCGAUUCCAGCAACAUUAACUACCGAUCAUUCGGUCACCCCGCCGCCCAUCCAACCUUGUACCCCGAUAUGCUGAUGGGAAUACACGGGGAGACGAGUUUGUUGGAACGCGUCCAACUGAUUUUAUUUGAGCUAUUCAUGGUUUGUAUCGCGCCGAUGGUACGUGGUUGGGAACAGGAGAUGGCGUGGAAUCAUUUUCGUGACACCACCCCUGUUGAAACGAUUAGGGCCGAAAUUAGUCUACUGUUCGUUAAUUCUGAUCCUGUUCUUCACUACAACAGACCUCUUCUUCCAUCGGUGAUCUCAAUUGGGGGCACUUUGGCUAGGAUACCCACAAAGCCGCUGGAAAAGAAUGUCAGGGAAUUCCUCGACGGCGCCUCCCAAGGUUUCGUCUACUUCAGCUUAGGCUCCAAUGUUAAGAGCAAGGACAUACCGGCUCGCUCAAUGGACGUAAUUCUUGCAACGUUUCGGAGACUUCCGUACAAAGUGCUCUGGAAGUAUGAGCUUAGUGAUCUACCGAAUCUACCGACAAACGUUUUUAUUUCGCAGUGGGUGUCCCAGAUGGAGGUUUUAGGACACCGCAACAUUAAGACGUUCAUAACGCAUGGUGGAGUCCACUCAAUGCAAGAGGCCAUUUUUUCCCGAGUUCCCAUGGUCGGCAUGCCCUUCUUUGUCGACCAACCGUUUAACGUUAAGAAAAUGACCCAUCUGGGAGUUGCUCUGUCCGUCGAUUAUAAAACAAUGACUGUGGAAGAAUUGGAAAGUUCUAUAUUGGAGGUCAUUGACAACCCAAGGUAUAGAAAUCGGAUUGAGGAGCUGGCCGAUUUAGCGGAAGAUCAGCCUACGACCGGUUUAGAACGUGCGAUGUGGUGGACUGAGUACGUUUUGCGCCAUAAAGGGGCACCGCACUUUAGAAGUCCUUAUUUGGACAUACCUUGGUAUCAGUACUAUCUUGUAGAUGUUUUUGGUACAGUUUUCUUAGGUGUGUCGUUUGGUAUUUUUGUUACCGUUAAAAUUGUUUCGGUAAGUCUGCGAUACAUUUUUGGAAAGAGUUCGAAAAUAACAAAAAUCUAAAAUGUACAGAAUAAGCCUUCUUUAAAAUACCUUUGAUUGCGUCCUGAAACUUUCAUGUACUUUAAAAACCCUGCGGUUCCUAAGACGCUUAAUGAUCUGAUAACGAACAAAUCUAAACGAGCCGUUUGGCCACGUAAAAGCCGUUAAUUUUGCGUUAUCUCCCGCCAGACUGGUCCCAUGCAAAUAAUUGGUCACGACUGUAUCCGGCAACCAUUGACUUAAAUACAUAGACUUAAAAAAAUAAAGUAACCAGCUCUCUAAUGAACCCAUCGCUUAAAAUAGAAAAAAUGUAGCCAGCCCCCCUCUUAAACUUUUCCUCAAACUGUAUGGAAUUAGCUGCAUAAUCCAUUUGCUUUGAUACUUCAGUUGUAACUGUGCCCCGUUUUCGGCCUUGGCGUUUACCUGUUUUAGUGAGCACUCUGUAGAUGAAUUCAGUAUGGAAAAGUGCCAUGUCGAAUGAACUUUCUGGAGUUGUGUUUGAGCCGCCGCUGCAAUUAGUUAGCCGAUUGUAACCGUUCCCGUCAACUUAUUUCAAUUGUCGUUGCAUCCAAAAGCUCCUGCCAUUUAGAAGACGAGGGCACACUCUUGGCGGCGCUCGAGUUCGACCGUCUGUCCGCCCAUCUGUCCGUUUCACCGACAAAAUACCUAGAUUGCCGCCGACUGGGACUACUUUCGUCCACACAACUGAUUCAGUGACUAUAAUUUCUAAAUGUAUUUGUUUUCCUUGUAGAUUAAAUUAUAAUCAUUAUUAUCCGUUAAAUUAGGGGUAAUUGUUUAAGACCCUUUGUAUACCUUUUGGAUUCAAAUUGAAAUUGACCUUAAGCUCUUUCUAAACCUUCUCUUAACGGCGCAGUCAAACAGAGAAAGGGUAGUUGCAAAAUAACUAUCGAACCUAACCGUUCAAUUUUCCUUUUUUGGGCGCCAACUAGAGCGGUUUCUACGCUUCUGAUUUUCUCAGGUAAGAUAGUCUGUGCCCUAGUCCGCAGACCAACCAAAAAUGAGUGGAAGGUUAUGAUCCCUGCUGAGCCCUUUCUGCUUCACUCUUCAUGCUGCACU